CUCGUCAAGCGUAAAGCAAGCCAUGGUCGUUCGCGCUCAAUCCUCCGCCGCGGGUGUCAUCGCCCUUCUCUCAGAGCCUGAUCCUGUCUUCAAGCAGCACGCUCUAAAGGCCUUAAAUCCCCUCGUGCCUCAGUUCUGGGCAGAGAUAUCAGAGCACAUUGCUCUCAUUGAGAGCUUGUACGAAUCAGAAGAACUUCCCCGCGAUGCUCGUGACUCUGCUGCGCUACUGGCUAGCAAGGUCUACUAUUACCUCGGAGAGUAUGAUGAAGCGCUCUCGUUCGCCCUUGGUGCCGGAAACGCGUUCCAGUCUGAGAUCCGUACAGUCGCCUCGGCAGAAUAUGCUGAAACUGUGAUCUCGAAGGCGAUCGACCGCUACAUCCAGUUACGGAUGGAAGACCCCUCCGAGAAGCAGAGCAACGUAGAUCCUCGGCUGAAGUCUAUCAUAGAGGGUAUCUUCCAACGGUGCAUUGAGGAUAAUGAUCACAAACAGGCCAUUGGUAUUGCACUCGAAGCUCGGCGACUGGACAUGAUAUCGAAGGUGUACGAGCUCACGGAGGACAUCUCAUUACUGUCGUACACCAUGGACGCUGUGUUGGAUACAGGGUUUUCCCUCUCCUACCGCGACCAGGUACUCAACUUCCUGCUCCCGCUGUUCCCUCCCCCUGCUUCCAGUGGCCAGUCCUCUCACCUGCACACGCUCGCUCGCCUUCUCGUAGUCCUUAAUAACCCCUCGCUCACCAUACCCUACUUAAACUCUCUCGUUUCCCAAGAAAAACUGCUGGCAUACCAGUUUGCGUUCGAUUUGGUGGAGGGUGGUGCGCCAGACUAUCUUGAAGCCGUUCUAGGUAGCUUGCCCGACGGCGAUGACACUACUAAGCCAAUAUAUGAUCACUUACGGAGCAUACUGGGCGGUCAAGAGUCUGUCAAGCUCUAUCUACAAUUUUUGAAGCGUAAUAACAAAGUGGAUAUGCUCAUCUUGAAGAAUACCAAGGAUGCGCUCGAACCUCGCUCGUCCAUUUACCACACGGCCCUUACCCUGCAAAAUGCAUUCAUGCAUGCUGGAACCACGUCCGACGUUUUUCUUCGGGAGAAUCUCGAGUGGCUGGGAAUGGCAUCAAAUUGGUCCAAGUUCUCUGCCACGGCUGCGCUUGGAGUCAUUCACAAGGGUUACUUUCAAGAAGGGAUGAAUAUCCUUGGCCCAUAUCUCCCGCAGAACGGAGGCGAGAGUCAAGUACAAGGCGCUGCAUACUCUGAGGGUGGAGCGUUGUACGCGUUGGGACUGAUCAAUGCCGGCCAUGGUACUGAUCGUUCUGCCGAAGUAUAUCUAAUGGACAACUUGAAGAAUGCUCAAGGAGAAGUGGUGCAACAUGGCGCUGCCCUUGGUCUAGGAAUUGCUGGCAUGGGCGGAAAGAACUCGGAUACCUACGAAGUUCUCAAGGAAACUCUUUUCACUGACUCUGCUGUUGCUGGUGAAGCAGCAGGUUUUGCGAUGGGCUUGGUCAUGCUUGGUUCAGCGGACGAACACUGCGCCGAAGAGAUGCUGACUUACGCCCGAGAAACCCAGCACGAGAAAAUUAUCCGUGGUCUUGCCAUGGGUAUCGCCUUCAUCUACUAUGGUCGACAGGAAGAGGCUAUGCCCAUGAUCAAACUUCUACUUGCCGAGAAGGACCCCAUCCUCCGCUAUGGCGGCGUUUACUCUUUGGCCUUAGCCUUUGCUGGCACUUCUGACAACGAUGCCGUCCGCCGUUUGCUUCACAUCGCUGUCUCUGACACAUCCGAUGAUGUAAGGCGAGCGGCUGUCACGUCUCUUGCCUUCCUCUUGUUCAAGAACCCCUCCCAAGUGCCUCGGGUUGUCCAACUUUUGAGUGAAAGCUACAAUCCCCACGUUCGUUGCGGCGCGACUUUGGCCUUGGGCAUCGCUUGCGCGGGAACUGGCUUACAAGACGCAGUUGAAAUCCUCGAGCCCAUGACGAAAGACAGCGUGGAUUUUGUGAGGCAAGGUGCUUUCAUUGCACUGGGAAUGAUCUUGGUGCAGCAAUCAGAAGCCUCAUCCAUAUCCAUGGCUUCCACGAGGGCGAUGUAUACUAGGGUUAUUUCAGACAAGCAUGAGGAUCCUAUGGCUCGUUUCGGUGCUGCAAUAGGCCAGGGUCUGAUUGAUGCUGGUGGCCGCAACGUUACUAUCAGCCUGCAAAGUCGUGCUGGGAGCAGAAACACCAACGCCAUUAUCGGUGUUUCCCUCUUCUGUCAGUUCUGGUAUUGGUAUCCUCUUGCGCAUGCCAUUUGCUUGGCUUUUGAGCCUACUGCCAUCAUUGGUUUGGAUGAGGAACUUAAGGUUCCCCAAUUCGAGUUCACGUCGAAUGCGAAGCCGAGUUUAUUCGCGUACCCUUCGCCUGCCUCACCGCCAAAGAAGGAGACAACUGCUCGGGUUGCAACAGCAGUUCUUUCCACCACGGCCAAAGUGAAGGCUAGAGAAAGAAAGAAGGCUGCUGCCGACAGCGAUAUCAUGGACACUGAUGACAAAGCAGAGGUCAAGGACGUGGAAAUGAAGGCUGGCGAUGAUGCACCACCAGUGGAAAAGCAGGGGAAGCGGGCGUCCGAACAUUCAUCUGAAAAGCUGAAGAACUUCUCUCGUGUGACCCCCGCUCAAAUGGGAUAUAUCACUUUCCCCGCCGAUGGCAAAUACCAGCCUGUCCGACCUGUGUCGACGCACUGGUCGCCUUCAAAGCCCAAGUCGUCAUCGACACCAGCCGUUGUUCCGUCAGAACGGUAUGCUGGAGGGGGUGGAAUUCUCAUCCUGAAGGAUAGACGACCGGAAGAAGAGGCCGAAUUCAUUACAUUUGACCCUCCACCCGUGGCGCCGGUUGUUGAACCGCCUGUUACCACAACGCCGGCAAGGCCAGUAGGCGGGGCUAAUAUCGCUCUCGACGAAGAUGCACCCGAAGUUGGUCCGCCCGAGCCGUUUGAGUAUCCGUUCGAUAACGACGCAUGACGAAAGGACUAGGAUUGGUAGUAAUAGUAUUAGCAGAGUAAUGCAUUUUCAAUAUCAUGAUAACGCAUCCCACUGGCUGUAGAUUAGAUGGUACAAAUUUUAUCAGUCAAAUUAC